AUGUCCCUCCCCCUACGUGUUCCCCAGGUGACGGUCCUAGACGGGCCGGUGACCACCCGCCAGUCCACCGUGUGGGUCAUGGUGCACGUGGACGACGAGAACGACAACCCGCCUGUCUUCCCGGAGUCAACCUACCGCGUCAGCUUGCCCGAGCGGGACCGCAGCAGGCGCGGCGAGGCCGUCUACCGGGUCUUCGCGCACGACCGCGACCUGGGCGCCAACGCCAACGUCAGCUACAGCAUCGUGGACGGCAACGGCGACGAGACGUUCGGCAUCGACCCGCGCACCGCCACGGUGUCGUCCAAGAGGGCGGUGGCGGCGGGCAGCUACUACGUCCUCACCAUCAAAGCGGAGGACGGCGGCGACCCCCCGCUGUGGACCACGGUCAAGCUCCACGUGGAGUGGAUCGGCAGGCCGGCGCCCUCGCCGCUGCCCCUGCUGUUCACGCAGAGGUGCUACAACUUCACCGUGGCGGAGACGGCCGCCGUGGCCCAGCCUGUGGGGGCGGUGGCUGUGGGGCAGUCCGACACCCCCGUGUGGUUCAACAUCGUGGGCGGACGAGUGGCGAGAGAAAUGUUCUACAUUCCGCAGAACGCGUGCGGGAGAAACUGCUCGCUGGACACAGGAAGCUUCGACAUGCAGUUUGACCUCCAAGUGGGCGUGGGCACAGUGGUGGUGGCCAAGCUGCUGGACGCCGAGGCGCAGGCCGUGUACAACAUGACCGUGCAGGUGACCGACGGCACAAACGUCGCCACGACGCAGGUGUUCAUCCGGGUCCAGGACAGCAACGACAACCCUCCGGUCUUCUCUCAGCCGGCCUACGACAUUAGCGUCUCAGAGGAUGUCCCCGUGGACACGGAGCUGCUGCGUGUUCGAGCGUCGGACUUGGACGAGCGCAGUCGGCUCAGUUACUCCAUUUACAGCAGCGUGGACCCGGCCAGCAUGAGGCUGUUCCGGGUCAACCCGGGCACGGGCGUGGUGUACACGGCGGACCGGUUGGACUACGAGACUCGAACGCAGCACAUCCUCACCGUCAUGGUCAAGGACCAGGAGUUCCCAUUCAACCGAGACCUGGCUCGGAUCCUGGUGGCAGUGGAAGACGCCAACGACAACAUUCCCUACUUCACCAGCACCGUGUAUGACGCCGUGGUCUACGAGUCUUCUGUUGUGGGCUCGUCGGUGAUGCAAGUCACAGCUCUGGACAAAGACAACGGGAUAAACGGACAACUCACCUACACCAUACAAGCAGGUAACACUUGGGGGCUGUUUGCCAUAAAUAACAGCACAGGUCUAAUCUUCAUCGACAAGGAGCUGGAUAUCACCUCGGUGGGCUUUUACACGCUCACCGUGCGAGUCGUCGACAGCGGAUUUCCUCCACUAAUGGCCUUGUGCUCCGUCCGGGUCUCCUUGAUGCUCUCCGACUUGUCCAAGCCCAAAUUCUCCCAAGAGGAGUAUCAGGCCGAGAUCAUGGAGAACAGCACCGCCGGGGCUUACGUGACCGCAGUUCGCGCCGUGAGCCACUCGUCGCUCAUUUAUGACAUCACCAAGGGCAACGAGGAAAACUGCUUCUCUAUUAAUCACCACACCGGCAUCAUCAGCACACGCAGACUCUUUGAUUUUGAGAAAACGCCGUCCUACUUACUGAUGGUCCGUGCUUUAAGCAUGGCGGGCGUGGAGGCCAGCGCCACAGUCGUCGUGCAGGUGGGGGACAUCAACGAUAAUGCACCUGUCUUCCGACAAUUAAGGUACGUGGGGGUGAUCAGUGAGGCGGCCCCACUCAACAGCGUGGUUCUGGCGGACGAUGGCAACCCUCUGGUGAUCCAGGCGAUCGACGAAGACCGCAAUCACAACGCCCUGCUGGUAUUCCAGAUUAUAGACGAGACCGCUCGCAUGUUCUUCAGCGUGGACCCUGGGACUGGUUCGAUCCGGACGAUUGCCAGUGUGGAUUAUGAGACCUUCCCUGAGUUUAUUUUCAGGGUUCAUGUCAGAGACAGCGGACAGCCUUCAAAAAGUGCUGACAGCCCUGCUGAAGUCGUCAUAAAGGUCAUCAAUAUCAACGACUCACCCCCAAAGUUCUCUCAGGACAUGUAUGAGACCAUCCUUCUCCUGCCUACCUACGUGGGAGUUGAGGUCCUACGGGUUGACGCGUAUGACCCGGACAUGAUUUUGGACUCUGACAAGUCCCCCACUCCUCAGCUGGUUUACUCCUUGGUGGACCGAAACCUGGAGCACUUCACAGUGGACCGCAGCAGCGGGGUUGUAACGGUUAUCAAUCAGAACCUCAGCAGGGACCGCUAUCGAUUCAACUUGAAGGUUUGGGAUGGCCGUUUCUCGAGCGUGACGUUGGUCACGGUGCUUGUCCGCCAAGCCGUCAACAGCGGCCUUUCCUUCACCUCCCCGCUCUACUCCGCCUCCGUUCGAGAGAACACUCGGAACCUGACCAUACUCGCCGUGGUGAACGCCGUUGGCCACCGCCUUAAUGAACCACUCAGGUUCUCGCUGCUUAACCCUGGCGGUCUUUUCACCAUCCGGCCGACGUGUGGUGCGCUGCUAACCGCCGGAGUACCCUUUGACCGCGAGGAGCGGGACAGUUAUGAGCUGGUCGUGGAGGUCCGUAAAGAGGACGAGGUACUAAAGGUGGCAAGGGUCAACGUCAGAGUGCAGAUUGAAGACGACAACGACAAUGCCCCAGAGUUUGUGAACCUCCCUUACUACGCCACAGUACAGGUGGAAGCAGAACCCGGGUUGUCUAUUUUCAGGGUGUCGUCCACUGACCGAGACUUGGGCGUAAACGGGCAGGUGACCUACAGCCUCAAAGAGCCACACAGAAACUUCCAGGUGAAUCCUGUGACAGGUGAGCUGAUGUUAAAGAGAGUAUUUGAAGCGGACUUGUCGAAUGCAGAGUACAAGGUGGUCAUCGUGGCUGCGGAUGGUGGCGCCCCCUCCCUGUCCAGCGAGGUGGAGCUUCCAAUCACGGUGCUCAAUAAAGCCAUGCCAGUGUUCGACAAGCCCUUCUACGGCGUCACGGUCCCGGAGGACAUCGCCGUGUCGACCUCGCUCCUGAGCGUCAACGCCACCAGCCCCACCGGCCAAGGCAUCAUCUUCACCAUCGCAGGCGGCGACCCUUCGCUCCAGUUCGACAUCGGCUUCGACACGGGCGUCAUCAGCGUGCUCUACCCUCUGGACUACGAGACCACGCAGUACUACCGCCUCACCGCCAGGGCCACCGACACACUGACGGGGGCCAAGUCCGAGGUGGACGUGGACGUCGUCGUGCUCGACGUCAACGACAACCCGCCGUUGUUCCAGAAGCCCUCGUACUCGGCCGUGCUGGCUGAGAACGCCAUGAUUGGAACCAGCGUCUUGCAGGUGUCCGCUCAGGACCAGGACUCCGACAAGAACUCGGCAGUGAGCUACCAGAUCGUACCGGACCUCAACAACAGCACGGACUACUUCCACAUGGAACGGGACGGCGGCCUGGUGUUCACGGCGCGCCUGGUGGACUACGAGCUGGCGCAGCGCUUCAACUUCAUCGUCAGGGCGACGGACAGCGGCGACCCCGCCCUCAGCAGCGACGUCAGCGUGGCGGUGGCGGUCUCCGACACCAACGACAACCCGCCCAACUUCGGCCAGUCGCUCUACGAGGCGUUCGUCAGCGAGCUGGCCCCCCGGGGACACUUUGUGACCUGCGUCCAGGCCUCGGACGCCGACAUGGGCGACGCCCAGAAGCUGAGGUACAGCAUCCUGUCCGGGAACGAGAGGAUGGCGUUCAGCAUGGAGGCGGAGUCUGGCGUGCUGCGUUUGUCUAACAAGAGACGACAAGGCAUGAAGCUCUUCCAUCAGCUCAACGUCUCCGUGUCAGACGGCGUCUUCACCAACACGGCGCAGGUAGUGGUCCGUGUCCUGGGAGCCAACCUCUACAGUCCGGUCUUCAGCCAGAGGUUCUACUUGGCAGAGGUCCGCGAGAACGCCCCGCCGAGGUCAAAGGUCAUCCAGGUCCGAGCCACGGACGAGGACUCGGGGCUUUUCGGCCAGAUCACGUACUCCUUUGUCAACGACUUUGGGAAAAGUCGCUUCGUGGUCGACGCCGACGGUCUCAUUUCCACCGCCCUGAAACUGGACCGGGAGGACCCGGAGAACAAGGACAUGGUGCUGACCGUCAUGGCGCUGGACGGUGGAGGACGUGCUUCCUUCUGCACGGUGCGAGUGGUCCUGGCCGACGAGAACGACAACGCGCCUCGGUUCAGGGCGGUGGAGUACCGCAUGAGCGUCAAAGCCAACGCCGGCAAAGGUUCCCUGGUCACACAAAUCCAGGCCAGCGACCCGGAUGGCGGCGCCAACGGGAGGAUCGUCUACUCCCUCUACAGCGAGGCACGCUUGUCCCUGGUGGACGUUCUGGAGGUGGAGUCCGACAGUGGCUGGAUGAUGACCAAGAGUACCAUGGACCACCUGCAGGGGACAGUGUUGUCCUUCUUCGUCAAAGCCACAGACUGCGGCUCGCCGGCCAAACACUCGCUGGUGUCGGCCUUCAUCCACGUGGUUCCGCCGGACGCCUACAUCCCGUCUUUCAGCCAGCCGCAGUACUCCUUCACCAUCCCAGAGGACACGGCGGUGGGGACGGCGCUGGGCUCAGUCUACAUGGGCCUCGGGCAGACCGGAUCCUUCGCCGCAGUCGGUGGGGAGACGCCGGACAGCAACCACGGGGGCACCUUCCUGGUGGAGGGCGACACCGGCCUGAUCCGCCUGGUCAAGCCCUUGGACUACGAACAGAUCGGCAUUUACCGCUUCAAAGUGGCCGCCGCCACCAGGAGAGACCUCAUCGAGUCCAUCGCCAGUGUGGACCUGGAGGUCAAGGUCUUGGACGUGAACGACAACAAGCCAGUGUUUGAGACUGAAACCUACGUUGUCACGGUGAUGGAGGGGAUGCCGGUGGGGACCAGAGUGGUCCAAGUGCGGGCCAUAGACCCAGACUGGGGCUCCAACGGCCAAGUCACCUACAGUCUCGGCCCGCUUCUUACCAACAACCGGGACCGGGGUGGAGACCUCCGGACCGCCGGGACCGGCGCCACAGCUUCCGCGUUUGCGGUGGACAGUAAAACGGGCUGGAUCACCACCACCGGCCCCGUGGACCACGAGGCCUGUUCCAGCUACAGUUUCCAGGUGCUGGCCUCUGACCUGGGCGAGACCGGCUCCCAGUCCUCCAGCGCCGUGGUCACCGUCACCGUGUCAGACGUCAACGACAACCCGCCGCACUUCGAGAGGCAGCUGUACCGCGGCGCCGUCAAGGAGAGCGACCCCCUUGGCGAGGUGGUGGCCGUGCUGAAGACCAGGGACGGAGACGGCACGGACCAGAACCGCCUGGUCAACUUAUACAUCACAGGGGGGAACCCGCGGGGCGUCUUCGGCCUGGCGCUGGUGCAGGGCGAGUGGAAGGUGUACGUCGGCGGGCCGCUGGACCGCGAGCGACAGGACUGGUACCUUCUCAACAUCACCGCCAGCGACGGGCUGUACGUGGCGCGCACCGCCGUGGAAGUGACCGUCAUGGACGCCAACGACAACAGUCCCGUCUGCAACCAGGCCGUGUAUACCGCCUCUUUCCCUGAGGACAUCGGUCCGAACAAGGGUGUGCUGACCGUGGGAGCGACAGAUGCUGACUCAGGCUCCAGUGCGGAGAUCCAAUACUCGCUCUUUGGCAUCGGCGUGGAAGACUUCUACAUGGACGCCAACACGGGCGAGCUGCGCACGGCGGCGCCCGUGGACCGCGAGACCAAGCCGGCCUACAAGCUCAUCGCCCAGGCGACGGACGGAGGCGGACUCUUCUGCCGCGCCGACGUCUCCCUCAGGGUCUUGGACGUGAACGACAACCCGCCCUCGUUCGCGUCCUCGCGCUACGCGGCGAGCGUGUACGAGAACGCCGCCCCCAACACCCUCCUCACGCGGCUGCAGGCCAGCGACCCCGACGAAGGCCUCAACCGGACCGUGGUCUACUCCCUGCUGGACUCGGCUGACGGCUUCUUCUCCAUCGACCCGGUUUCUGGCGUGGUGGUCCUGGAGAGGACCCUGGACCGGGAGAGCCAGGACUCCUAUCGGCUGCGCGUACGGGCCAGCGACCAAGCCGGGCUGCAGGGGGCGCUGUUUUCUCAGGUGGACUUGACCGUCCUGGUCUUGGACGUCAACGACAACGCCCCGGUAUUCCAGAGACGGGACUACACCGUGACCGUCCCCGAGGACGUGGCGGUGGGGACCGAGGUGCUCCGAGUGCUGGCGACCAGCGCCGACAUCGGCCCCAACGCCGACAUCGCCUACAGGAUCCGCUCGGGCAACGAGUUGGCCAAGUUCUCCAUCGACCGGAUCCUCGGGUCCAUUUUCGUGACGGACGACUUGGACUUCGAGGUGUGCAAGGACUACUACCUGACGGUGGAGGCCUGGGACGGCGGAAGCCCUCCGCUCAGCGCCGCCACCAUGGUGAGCGUCCAGCUGAUGGACGUCAACGACAACGCCCCGGCUUUCAGUCAGGAGGUCUACAACGUCCUGGUGGGCGAGGACGCGGCGGUGGGACAGUCCAUAACCAAGGUGCUGGCAGAGGACCUGGACAGCAGAGUCAACGGACGCAUCACCUACUCCAUCCUCAAAGGCGACCGCGCUAACCACUUCUGGAUCGACCCGGUGACGGGACUCCUCAAAGUCAAUAAGCGUCUGGACCGAGAACUGGUGUCACGGUACACCCUGUCCGUGCAAGCCUUCGACAGCGGCUCCCCCGCCAUGUCCUCCAGCGUCAGCGUCAACGUGGACGUGGCCGACAUCAACGACAACGCGCCCGUCUUCACGCCCCCCAACUCCACCGCCGUGGUCCAGCUGAGCCAGCCCCCCGGCAGCGUCCUCCUGCAGCUGUCCGUCAGCGACAAAGACUCCCCCAGGAACGGCCCCCCCUUCCAGUUCCGCCUGCUUGCCGGAAACGAGGGCGGGUUCUUCACUUUGGACCAAACCGGAACGCUCAGGUCCGAUGGCGUCUUCGGGCCCGAGUCCCCGAGGGAGUUCACCCUGGAAGUGCAGGCCCGGGACUCCGGCAGACCUCCUCUGGCGUCGUCCUCCUGGAUCUUCCUGCGCGUGCUCGGCAACAGUCAGUACAAACCCGCCGCCUCGUCCUUGGAGGUCAUGGUCGUCACGGCGACCGACACCUUCCAGGGCGGCCUGAUCGGUCGCAUCCACGCCACGGACCGGGACGCCAACGACGUGCUGACCUUUACCCAGAAGCCCCAGCCCGGCGCCAUGUUCAGCAUCCACAGACGAGACGGCAGCGUUUCGGCUCUCCCAGGCUUGGAGCCCGGCAGGUACCAGAUGAACGCCACAGUCAGCGACGGACGCUUCGCGGUGGUCGCGGGCGUUUCCGUGCAGGUGGAACAGGUGACCGAGGUUUUGUUGCGCAGCGCCGUCGCCUUGAGGUUCAGGUCCAUGUCCCCCGAGGACCUGCUGGGCCGCCACCUGGGUCAGAUCAAAGCGGCGCUGCGGACGCUGGCGGGCUGGCGAUGGUCGGCGGGGCAACAGGACCCGCUUCACAUCCUGGGCGUGCAGCCGGCGGAGGGCGGGUCCGACGUGGACCUCCUCGUGGCCGUGGAGCGACCCGAGACGGCCGGCGCCGGGCGGAGGGGAGGCUUCUACUCGCCGUCGGAGGUGGCCGCCGAGCUGAAGGAGGCGGCGGCGAGGGGGCACCUGCGGGGGGUCCUGGCCGGGGCGGCGGCGGUGGGCGGCGCCUGCUCGGAGACGCUGGCGUGCGGGGACAAGACGUGCCAGCAGGUGACGGCCGUGGACGCCGGCUCCACGCUCGCCUACAGCACGGAGAAAGUCAGCUUGGUGGCGCCGCGGUUCAGGCGGGUGGAGACCUGCACCUGUCUUGGUGGGACAUGCUCCGCCCCCGUGGAGCUCUGCCAGGGCCAGUCCUGUCCUGCAGACAUGCGCUGUGUUCGCACCGGACCCACGGCGCCACCUGUCUGCCAGUGUCUGCCUGAGCACCUGGACCAGUGUGCAGGCCAAAGCUCGCUGAGUUUCUCGGGCAGCAGCUACGUGAAGUACAAAGUGACGGAGGGCGACCAGAGCGGCGAGAUGAGGCUGAGCCUGAGGGUCCGCACGCUGCAGCCCAGGGGGGUCGUCAUGUUCUCCAGGGUCAACCCCUGCACCAUGUUGAAGAUCGAAGGAGGGCGCCUGUGGUUCCAGCUGGACUGCGACAACACGCUCGGCAUCAUGGGGAUCUCCGGCCGGCAGGUCGACGACGGCCUCUGGCACGCCGUGGCCUUGGAGCUGACGCGGAACUACACCCUCCUCUCGCUGGACGACAGCUAUGUGGAGCGGCGGCGGGCGGCCGCGGCGCCGGCCCGACUCUGGCCCGUGGCGCCGGAGUCCUCCUUCUUCUUCGGGGCGCAGGUGAGGCCCCAGACCGGCGAGGCGGCGCCCGGGGUCCAAGAUGGCUUCCAGGGCUGCCUGAGCUCGCUGACGCUCAACGGCAGGGAGCUUCCUCUCCAGAACAAACGCAGCCGCUACGCUCAGAUCGCCGGGCUGAGCCAGGUCAAGGCGGGCUGCGUCCUCCACCCGGACCCCUGCGUCACCACACCCUGCCUCAACGGGGGCGUGUGCGGCGGUCUGCCCAACGGAGCUUUCACCUGCACCUGCGGCGCCGGCUUCACCGGGGGGCGCUGUGAGCUCCGAGUGACGCCCUGCAGCCCCGGUCCUUGUCAGAACGGGGGCGAGUGCCAGGCUGUGGGCGGCGGCUUCGUCUGCAGCUGUCCACCCGGACUCGGGGGGCUCAGGUGUGACCAGGACGUGGACGAGUGUGAGCGGGCCGAGUGUCGCAACAACGGCGAAUGCGUCAACACGCCGGGGUCUUUCUACUGCAACUGCACGUCUGGAUAUGAGGGGCGGCUCUGCGGCGCCAACCAUGAUGAUGAUGAUGAUGCAGGCGGCGACACGCAGGCGGAGCCUCUGUCCUACGUCGGGCCCGGCGAGAUCAUCGGCAUUGGCGUCCUCGCCUUCGUCAUCCUCCUCCUCCUCGUUCUCUUCCUCAUCUUCAGGAAAAAGAUCCAGUUCCGGAAGGAUUCGGCGGCGGGGGGGGAGGGGCCCUUGGGGGGCGCGGCGGGCGUGUCGGCCAUCACGGAGACCAGCUACAUGCUGCGCAAGACGGGCAUGGGCGCCGAGGGCAUCGAGUUCAAGGCGGUGCGCGUGUCGGGGUCGCCCGGGCAAACGGGCGGCGACGGCGUGACGGGACCCCCGCAGGUGACGGUGCGGCCCAACGCCCACCAGAGCACAGACGGGGACGACGGCGCCUGCGGCGAAGGCAGUCGGCUGAGCUUCCUCGCCGACAUGAGGGCCAACAGGAGGGGCGUGGCCGUGUGCAGCGUGGCCCCCAACCUGCCCCCUACUGGCCGCCCCCAGCACAGCCCCGCCCACAAGGUGUCCUGGGAGGGCGGGGCUGCCGAGAGGAGGCGGGACAACGACUGGGGGCACCGGGCCUUUGAAAUGGAGAGGCCGGACGGGGGACACGGCGCUCCGCAGGGUGAGCCGACACACCUAGAAAGCGACGCGAUCGGUCUGUCGUCGGACUCGGCGUCGGAGGAUCUCAGCUCGUACACCUCAGAGUCCUUUGACGAUAACGCCUCCAUAGUGACAGUCAUACGUCUGGUCAAUGACACGGUGGAUCAUAUCGAAAGUGAAGUGACCAACAUGGACAAGGAGCAGUGGCAGAACAGUCCUGGGUACCGCUGGGACUCCUCCAGCCAGACCUCCGGCUGGUUCUCGCCGUCUCGCCUCCGCCCGCCGGAGGUGGGCUCGCAUUACAACCUGAGCGACACCCCGCAGAGCAUCAGGCGGGGGGGCAGCACCCGCUCCCUGCAGCUGGACUACCGAGCCCCGGUACCGGGAGUGGACAGGAGCCAGGACCCGGGUCCGGAGGUCGGGAGGACAGCCUUCCAAUGGGAGAGGAACCAGUCCGGGGAGUGGCAGAGGAAGCGGCGGAAUCCGAGUCGGGACCAGCGCGGCAGCUGCUCCUCGCCGGUCUACGAGGAGUACCAAGAAACCAGGCGGGGCUCGGAGCCCGGCGAAGACUCGGAGGUCCUUUACGACACCCUGCCCCCGUCACGAGACGCCUACGAGGGAUACCCGUCCAGCCCGCCGGGCCUGAGCUUGCACCCGGCCCAGCUCCUACCCCCGCUGAGGGCCUGGGACUUGCAUGCGGACGAGAACUGGAGGGGGUCCGGAGAAGGCGGCGCUCUGGGCUCCAGCAACGUGAGGGGGUCUGGGGACGAGCUGGAGAGACUGUUGAACCUGGUGUCGCUACGAGCCAGGAGGGCCACGCGCACCAACAGGACCUCCACCGGGUCGGAGCCGGCGGCGGGCUGGGACGGACUUAAGUGAACUUUCAUGAACGACAGCCAGGGGGCGACGGCGACUCGGCAUUUUUCUACGUGGAUCCAUGACGUUAGCGCAGGGGUGUCCAAAGUGCUGCCCGGGAGCCCUUUGCGCUCUUUCCAAAAUAACACAUAAAAGGAACUGUUGAUAGCGAUAAACAACGUAUUUUUUAAACCUAAAAAACGAUACCUAUGACCAACUAUCAAUGUUCUUUUUUCAAUUUAAUUUAAACAACUUUCUUUGCGGCGUCCUUAGCAGCAGGCAUCUUAGUAGACCAGGGGUCACAAACGCCCUUAAGGACCAGAUGAGUCGCCCGCUGGCCUGUUCUAAAAAUAGCUCAAAUAGCAGCACUUACCAGUGAGCUGCCUCUAUUUUUUAAAUUGUAUUUAUUUACUAGCAAGCUGGUCUCGCUUUGCUGGACAUUUUUAAUUCUAAGAGAGACAAAACUCAAAUAGAAUUUGAAAAGCCAAGAAAAUAUUUUAAAGACUAGGUCUUAACUUGUUUAAAUUAAUUCAUUUAUUUUUUUACUUUGCUUCUUAUCACUUUCAGAAAGACAAUUUUAGAGAAAAAAUACAACCUUAAAAAUGAUUUUAGCAUUUUUAAACACAUAUACCUUUUUACCUUUUAAAUUCCUUCCUCUUCUUUCCUGACAAUUUAAAUCAAUGUUCAAGUACAUUUAUUUUUUUAUUGUAAAGAAUAAUAAAUACAUUUUAAUUUAAUUCUUCAUUUUAGCUUCUGUUUUUUCGAGGAAGAAUAUUUGUGAAAUAUUUCUUCAAACUUAUGAUUAAUUCAAAACAAUUAUUCUGGCAAAUCUAGAAAAUCUGUAGAAUCAAAUUUAAAUCUUAUUUCAAAGUCUUUGGAAUUUCUUUUAAAAUUUUUGUUCUGGAAAAUCUAGAAGAAAUAAUGAUUUGUCUUUGUUAGAAAUAUAGCUAGGUCCAAUUUGUUAUAUAUUCUAACAAAGUGCAGAUUGGAUUUUAACCUAUUUAAAACAUUGAUCUUAAUCAGGAAAAAUUACAAAUGAUGUUCCAUAAAUUCUUUAAUUUUUUUUAAAAGAUUCGAAUUAGCUAGUUUUUCUCUUCUUUUUUUCGGUUGAAU